GCGUCUUGUUGUUUUUUCACUCUCUCUUCUUCUUCUCCCUCCCUCUUCUCAGCACCCCUCCUCGCCCUUACACUCUCUUUGCAGUGUCACUUUGAUAUCCCUCUCUACCUUCUUCUCUAAUACACUAUCAUAAUGGCUUUCGGUGAUCGUGGUGGUCGUGGUGGCCGUGGUGGCGCCCGUGGCGGUUUCGGCGGUGACCGUGGUGGUCGUGGUGGUGGCCGUGGUGGUUUCGGUGGCGACCGCGGUGGUCGUGGCGGCGGACGUGGUGGUUUCGGCGGCGACCGUGGUGGUCGUGGUGGUGUUGCUAAGCGCGGUGGUCCCGGCGGUCGAGGUGGCCGUGGCGGUGCCCGCGGAGGAGCCAGAGGUGGUGCCAGGGGCGGAGCCAAGGUCACUGUCGAGCCUCAUCGUCACGAGGGUAUCUUCGUCGCCCACGGCAAGGAGGAUUAUCUUCUGACCAAGAACCUCGUUCCCGGUGAAUCCGUCUAUGGCGAGAAGCGCAUUGCGAUCGAAGGCGCCGACGGCGUCAAGACCGAGUACCGUGUCUGGAACCCCUUCCGCUCCAAGGUCGCUGCUGGUGUCCUUGGUGGUGUCGAUAACAUUCACAUCGCUCCCGGCAAGAAGGUCCUUUAUCUGGGAGCUGCCUCCGGAACCACGGUCUCCCACGUUGCUGAUAUUGUUGGACCUGAGGGUCUUGUUUAUGCUGUUGAGUUCUCUCACCGCUCCGGACGCGAUUUGAUCAACAUGGCCAAGAAGCGCACGAACGUGAUCCCAAUUAUCGAGGAUGCUCGCCACCCUCACAAGUACCGCAUGUUGGUCGGCAUGGUCGAUGUCAUCUUCGCAGAUGUCGCCCAGCCGGAUCAGUCCCGUAUCAUCGGUAUUAACGCUCACCACUUCUUGAAGAACAACGGACACAUCGUCAUCUCCAUCAAGGCCAACUGUAUCGACUCGACUGUUGAUGCCGCUACCGUCUUUGCGGGUGAGAUCCCUAAGCUUCAGGAGCAGCGCAUCAAGCCCCAGGAGCAGUUGACCCUUGAGCCCUUCGAGAGAGAUCACGCCCUCGUUGUCGGCAAGUACGUUCGCUCCAAGUAAAGCGGCUACUUUUUACCAAUUUUUUCAUCGUUCUCUCUAUGCAGUUUGUAUAUUAGUACCACUACCUUCAUUUCUCAUUCAUAUGACUAUUAUUAAAAAACAUGCAUGCGCUGUGCACCA